GACCACCCGCCACGAACGUUGUCACCGCUACGAGUUGGAGUCUCUGGGUUUUUCGGUGUGCACACCUGCUGUCGCGCAAGAAAAUCUGGUUUUUUUGAUGGUAAACGUUCACUCUUUUCCAGAGUCUCAUCAAGUUUCUUCUGAUUUCUGACUGCCUUUUCCUCGAUGAACUUCAGCGGAAAGUCUGCGUGUCUCAACCUAUGUCUCGGCGAAGAGUCUGUGUGUUUUGUCUCCCAUCGUCCAUCCCACAGUCUUUGCCUGGCUAAAACAACGCCCUCACUUUUUUCCGAACCUUUACUUCUGUCGGACAUCUCAAAGAUCUCGAGAGAAAAGGUUUCAAAGAAGAACCUGCGGAAAGAACCUGCAAGGUCCUCAAUUGGCCAGCAGAAAAAGCGUGACCUUCUUUGCGCGACAGCUGGGGCCGAUGUGCGAGUUCAACUGUCGAUUUCUUUAUUAGUAGAGGGUGGCGAUUUCAUCCAGGUUUUAGUUAAAUCGAGAGUUGUGUCUCUUCUUCCGAAGUUCGCAAGGAGCUGAAAACAGUUUUCCCCGAUCUUCACUCUGUUCUCUACUGCCUCUUCCACUCGUUUCGCUGCGACUUCUAGUGAGUACGCCAAGCGGAACGCCGAAGUCGCCAGAGCGCCCCCAAAUCCAGCUUUUCCUUUUCUUGAAGUCGAGUUUCUUGCUUUCUUCAAGUGCCAGUCGCUCACUGCUUGCCAGCAUUCUUGCGAAAGGAGUUCAUCCCCGUUUUUCUCCCCUCUUCCCCGUUCCUCGGCGACAGCAAACGCCAUUCACAGCCUACACACACUCGGGGGUGUACCGACACCGGACGCGCCUGCGGCAACACACCAUUUCUUCGUCCGCAAAUCUCGAGUUCUUCGCCAUUCGUUUCCUCUCGAGGAGCCUUUCUGUGUUCCCGCACACUUCUCGUUUUCUUCAAAAGCGUUCAAGAGUUCCUCAGGGUCUCUCUGGAGGCUGUUCUCUGUUGGCAUGUCUUCCGCUGCCGCCGCUUCCCCAGUUCCCCGUUCCGUGGUCCACUCUGAAUCUCGCCCUCUGUUCCCCUCCCUGCUUCUCGGACCCCUCUCUGCUUCUCGGAGCAUUUCCUGCAUCUCUUUCGCUUGACGUCUCCUCCGUCCUUCGCGCGCCUCUGCGAGCUUUCGCGCGUUUCUCUGCACCGAGAAGGGGAAACCAGAACCGACGUCCCGUCCGCGAGACAUAUGAAACAGAUUCAGUCGGACGCGUCUUCCUACCAGCGACUUUCGUUUGGAGGACGGACCGUCAACACAGCCAGAUAACUCAGGACGCGUUUGCCGGUUCGGACUACCACGGUUUACCUUGUGCCUGAAUGGGCGUUUCUCGCGUUUUAGUGUGAGGAGUUUUUGAAAGGAAUUCCAUCCAAAACUGACGUUUGUUACUGGUGACCUCAUCGAGCGGCUGGUGCAGGCCGAGAGAAUGAGGUCGGCCAGCGUCACCUCGGCUGUUCUCCCAAUUCCACCUUUACAUCUCCGAGGUCCUUGUUUACUGAGUCACAGUGUUCGUGUUUUCUCGGAGCGCGGUGCGUCUCGAGAAAAUUCUCGCGUCAAUCAGGCUGUACUCAAAGGACGCCUCCUCCUCGAUUGAGGAGUCAAGGACGUAGAAACGGUUCCAGGCCUAGGGAUGGCCUUGUGUGCAUUGAAAUUCACACAACUUGGCGCAUCGAAGACGCUCGGAUUCCAGUUCCCAGAAAUGACCCUUUUAUCUCCUCAGCUCAGAGGCGAGAAGCCGCCUUCAACUCUUUCCCCCUUUUCACUCCCGGGACUUGCCAUCUUUGAGACUCACGUUCUCUCUUGGAAAGAGCUCCAAAGUCGUUGUCGGCUUCUUCGAUUUGCGCUUCUCUUCAUCCUUGCAAGUGCUCGCCCUGCUCUUCUCCCGUCUUCCCCGUCCUUCUCUCUCUUCUCUGCGGCGAACUCGACACUCUCCCAAACUACGGGUGCUGCCUGUUCUGUCUCCGUCGCCUCUGCUGUCUCUUCCUCGUCUUCUCAGUCUCCCUCUUCUUCUCCCCAGUCUUCUUACUCUUCUUACUCUUCUUACUCGUCUCCCGAUGCAUCCUCCGGCUCUUCGUCCCCUUCACCUUCUUUCUCUCCUUCACCGUCGGCCGCGGACGGAGUGCAUGCGUUCCCGUUGCGGCGACUCGCUUUUGGCUCGUGUUUCAAGACACACGAGCAAGCAGCGUCUCUGCUGUCUCCUCUGCGCGCGCUGCUUCUGUCGGAGCGCGAGCGUCUGGAGGCCGAGGCCGAGAGGCGACGCGAGCUGCGGCGUCUGGAAAAUGCAGUUUGGCACCGCGUCAAAGAACAGUCUCCGAACGCCUGGAUCUGGAUGGGCGACGCAGGAUACGCGCAGUCACACGACGUCGCCGCCGUCCGGCUGGCGCUGAAGCAAGUGAAGGACGUCGAUCCGUUUCGCGAACUUCGCGCCUCUCUUCACUUCCUCGAUGGCACAUGGGAUGACCACGACUACGGCAUGAACGACGGCGGGCGGUUCCAGAAGAAUCGGGAGCAGCUCCAACAAGCUUUUCUGGAUUUCUUGGACACUCCAGCACAGUCGCCGCGACGCCAGGGACGUCGCGGAGUCUACUCUUCUCACGUUUUCGGCGUUCCUGUGCCGUCUGCUUCAGCGGCCAAGCCUCACGGAGUCCAUCGAACAGCGGCAGAAGAGAACAAAGAGAUCGAAGAGAAAAGAGAAAGGAUGGGAGGCGCAGCAGAGCAGGACGAGGCGACGCCACGCACUGAGGAAGCGAAGGAGACAGAGACGCGCACAGCAGCGGGAGACAAGGAACAGGUUGGGAGUGAGAGCGCGAGGGAAGAGCCGAGAACGGACAGCGAAACGAACGGAGACGCAGACCGCGAGUUUGGCCAGAGAGAAGGAGAAGGAAAGUUCCUUCCAGGAACAGAAGUGAAGUUGAUUCUCCUCGACACCCGAUACGAACGCGACAACCAUGUCAUCCCGAGCGCCGGAAUGCUGGCGAACGCCAGUUGGCUGGCGCUCAUCGCGGCGUCGACGCGCAUGUUCUGUCACCUUUUUUCAUUGGGAGGAAACUACGAAGGUGACAUUCUGGGCGAGGAGCAGUGGAGAUGGCUAGAGGCGCAGUUGACGAACUCGACAGCGUCUGUACACCUGAUCGUCUCCUCCAUUCAAGUCUCGACGACUCUUCCCCUUGUCGAGAGCUGGGGGCACUUUCCUCGAGCGAAGCAACGUCUCAUCGACCUCCUCGAAAGCACCAAACCUGCAGGAGUUCUCUUCCUCUCUGGCGACGUCCACUUCGGAGAAAUCUCUGGAAGCGAAAGAAACGUUCUGGAGGUGACGAGCAGCGGCAUGACUCACACUGCUGGGGACUCGUUUUGGAAGCGCCUUUUGCUCGAGAAAUUGAUUCUCCCCUUCUACAGCAACCACCGCAGGCAGCCGAGCGAUGUCUACGUACACCGGAACUUCGGAGUCCUCGACGUUCGCUACUUGAACGCCAACGAGGAGGAAAUCCGCAGCCAUGCAGAUGCCGCGCGCCUCGGACCCGUGGCUUUCGUGGAACUCGACUUGAAAAUUCGAGACUCGAGCACCGGCGUUGUGGGGUUGUCAGCGAAGCAGACGUUUUCCACGCGUCCUGCGUCUGCGUCUCCGCCUGCGAGGGAGACGGACAGCCGCGCGCGGGGGACCGCUUUCGCGAGGCAAAACUUUGCAGAGUUCUCAGCUCCGACUCCCGCGGUGGUCCUGCAUCCGCGAUCCUGGACUGAGGCGUUUCUGCUGUGGCUUCUGUGGCCUCUGUUUCUUCUUCUGCCCCCUGCGCUUCUCUGUUUCCUCGUCGUGAGGAUCUGCCGCAGGCGUCGCGGCGUCCUGCGACAUGCGACAGAAGAAUCGAAGGCUGGAGAGCAGAAGACAGAGAGGAAGAAGGGAGGUCGAGGCGGCUGUCGCUGAGGAGGGCGGCGCGAGCGCAGAGACGGAGAAGACAGAGAAAAACGCGAAGGGAAGCAGAGAGCAGAGAAAAAAAAGAGAGGCGAGAGCAGCUGAAGAAGCCGCGAGGCGCAAGACAAAGGCGGACCCAAGAGACAGAUAGACUCGGUGCCAUUGAUCGCUCGACAGAUAGCAUAGACAGAAGAGGUAGACGAGCAAAAUGGAGACCGAAAUAGAUAGACAGGUAGACGAGACAGAAUGGAAGUAGAUGCAGAGAUAAAAUGUAGAGUUGUGCCUGGAUCAAUAGAUCGAGAAAGAGACAUCGAGAGAGCAGAAGGAAGAGGCGGCUUGUACGAGAGGGCAAACGGAGGCGCAGGAGUCAGGAGGAGCGAAGCGUCAGAGAAAGAUAGAAGAGAAAACGUUGAGACUUGGAGAGAACGAGAGAGGCAAGAAAGGAAUGAAUCAGAUCGGACGCUUGGCGGAGAGGGAAGCCGAUGAAUGACCAGAGAACGAGAGGACAAGAAGAACAUGGGCGACGCGAGAAAAAGGCGACGAGCUCUCUGCGGAGUCACAGACAAUUCGAAAGGCGCCGCGGAGAGUUUCGAUUCUCUCAGAAAAAUGUCGUUGUUCUCCGAGACAGAAACUCCAGACGGCCCGCGGAGGUGCUGUCGUGUCAUCUUCUCAGAGAGAGACCUCUGAGGACGUCGACAGUUCAGACGAAGAUGCUCUUGUUCCUUUUUCUCCGUCGCGUUGUCUCCUCCCCUCGUCCUGCUUCCUUCUCGCAUCUCCGCAGCCAAGGCACAGCGCAGACGAAGAACGACAGAAGCGUUUUUUUCCAGAUUUCUCAUUGGAUUCUGGACGCAGAAAAAAGACCUUUCUUCUAGGUUUUCUUUCGACAGCAAGACACGAGAGGAUAACGUUUUCUGCGUCUCCCGUGUUUGUGGGAGAGGCCUGAAGAGAUUUCUCAUUUUUCCGGUUCUUUGUUCUUUCUUUGCUCGCGUCCGUCACCUCCUUGUCGGUUGCGGAUGCGUGUAGUUAAUCAACGCUUGAACUUGUUACCUUUCUCGUUCUCACAACCUACUCCC